CUUCUGCUUCUGCAAAGUCUGGAUGAAAAAACUCACGGACGUUCGAUCUGCAGUUAGUGUUGUUGAAUAUACAAACCCGGUCGUCCUAGAGUAGUUUCCUUGGCAUAUCAUCCACGACUAAGUUAACGACAGCGUUAAGGACAAAACCUAUUUACCAAUGGAAGGAAAUCACUCUGAAGUAUGAUUGAAACAUAUUUAAAUGAAGACGUUUGGGUUUUUUCCUAAAUUUUUAGUUUACACGAUCUUCUUCAUGAUGGCGUGAGUUUGUGUUCAGUUUGCUGAUACCCGGAUAUAAAUUUACUGACACCUGCUCAUGCAGAAUCAAGCGGACAAUGAUUUUUGAUGCUUUUCGAAGUGAUGGCUUGCCGACCUAUUACUCCCCGAACCAAACACCCGUCACAGAGGAUGUCCUCAUCCUCGGAAUCAUCUUCGCUUUCAUCAUCAUCUUCUUCUCUCUCUUUGCUAUCCUUCCAGGGAUAAGAGGUUGGCAGCGAUUAUUUCUGUUUUGCCGGAUCACAAUAAGUCUCUUUAUUGGUGCUUCAAUAAUGCUGUCAAACUUUGGUCAAUCGUGGGAAGUUUCGUUCAUCAGAAACGUCACGACGGCUUAUCGAACCGGUAGGUCCGGGGAGAUACAGGCCGAUAUCGGGGUCAAAAUUGGGUUGCGAGCAGUUAAUAUCACACUCAAAGGUAUCCCUGAAGACCAAGACGGUGAUUCUGCUGCUUCGGGUGAGAGAGUCAACUACAAUGAAAGGUUUCAUUUCGAAGGAUUGCAAGGAAGAAACGGAUUCGGAAGAUUUGCUGGAAGAAUCAAUCGUGAGUUUCGUGAGGCUCAGUAUCGUGGGUUACCUUACCCGAUUCUAUGGGUGGCUGAAUACUUUGUCCUAGAUGGAGAAGAUAUAAGAUGGGGGCGCUCAUACCGCUUGGCUGGAUUCUACGCAGCUCUGUUAAUUUGGUUAUCCUUUCCUCUGUGGUUGAUCACCAAUAUCCUCUUGAUGAUUGGUGCUUUACCAAAUGCUUUCUUCAUGCUCUCUCUGACUGGUGGCUGUAUGCUUGGAGCUAAUGUCUUAUAUGCUUCUAUCAGAUACGGAUCUUAUCUAUCCAUCCCAUUCUCUGCUCAUCACAUCUUAGAUUUCAGCUACGGAUGGUCGUUUUAUCUCUGCCUGGUCGGAGGUCUGGUUGCGGUUAUCCUGGCCAUCGUUUGUCAUGUCCUUCGUCUCUUCUUCCCUGUUGGCAUGGAAGAAUUCUUCGGAUUCAAGGAAGAUUUCUCUCAAGACAAUGUUAAAUACUACCAUGGGAGACCAAGAACGGCAAAGACCGCGAAGCAAACACACACGAAACAAGUUCACGGGGAUAAACCGGCAAUGCCACCUAGAAGGUUUACCAGAAGGUUGUCCGUUUCUGUUGCAAAGGCUGUUGGGAUACGCGGACCAAGAAUGACGACGGCGUGGGAAAAAUAGAUCAUCUUUAUCAUCAUCAUCAUCCUCCUCGUCAGUGAGGAAGGCUGAUUUUCUGAGUAAAACGACAAUCUCCUAGAAACUUGCCAGCAGCGACCUAUUCUGGUAGAUGGACCCGGGAGAUGGACAAGCUUGAAUAAACUCCCAGGACUACCCAAUCGGCUACGUGAAUGCGUCCAAAGUACUUACUUGGCUUUCAAUAUUGCCUAUGUCUCUAACAUUUUUUCAUCAGACAUUUGAGCAUUUUUCAUAAAACCGUCGUAAGUUCAACUUCACCGACAUCCCGUUAUUCAGAGCGCGUGUUAAAUUUAAUACACGCAUUUUAAUGGGUUGCCGGCGAACUUCGUACUUAGAACAGAUUCGUGAAACGUUGCCCUGAUCGCUUGCAAAUUAAUUUCUGAUACACUUACAUCUCACAUAUUAAAGUAUCCACCUCUGAUAUUUUGACUUGCAUUCUAAUAUCCGAUUCACAACAAGAGACCGACACCAGAUCGAACUCGGUUGGUGUGGACUGUGGAGUCAGUUUGGAGUCGGUUUGGGAAUGAUGACCGAAUCAUAACCGCUGUUAUUUUUUACUUUUGACGUUUUGACAUCUGAACUACCUCUGGAAUUUGUAUUAUCUCUUACAUUUUAACUAAGAACCCUGUAAGAUUUACCUGCAAUUUUAGCGAGAAAUGAUGUAAACCGAUUCAACUACUGCAAUAAACGACUCAAAUUAAUUGUGCCGGAAAUAAUUAUGUGGGUACUUAAUGCUGAAACUUGGUUCCGUGAUUUUGAAAUAUCUAUCUCAUAAUUUCGUUAAUAUAAUGCUUAUGAAACAAUUAAUGUUGACGAUGUAACACUUUUCUUAAAAGACUUUAUAGUAAAAUGGUGAAAAGGAAUUUUACCUAGGCCGUUUGUAGUGUUCUUUUUCAUUAUGUUGAAAUACAAAAACAUGAAGACUUGUAUCGUUAAGAAUUUUAUUUUUUUGUGAUUUAAAACUUUGUAAAACUGAAAUAAGUGACUCACCAUGUGAUGUGUGAAAUGCAACGGGAUUUAAGAAGAUCUGUGUAUUUUAAAAGUUUUUUAAAAACUACUUAUUAACUAAGAACGUGUCAUUCAACGGAUGAUAAUUUUAUAUUGGAUAGAUGAACAUAGUUUUUACGUAUGUUUCUAGUCAUAUAAAGGUCGGGUGACAUCCAAACAUAAGUUCAUUCUAACAAGAGACAGUGGUAUGUAACUUCCCCUAGCUCAGCACAUGCUCACAAAAGAAUUGCAUGCGAUCAUACGAUACCUCCACAUUACCUUUCUUUUCCUGGAGAUGGUAAAGCAUGUCUGACAUAGCAACUCCUAUGUUGGUAUUAUAUGGUAUAUUGUAAUU